AUGCCCUCUCUCCCAAGGUGGAAAUUGAAUCAAGUUGAGCAUUGUUUUAACAACUUUAAUGACAGUGACGACCAGGAAGGCCCAAUCUUCAAUUCCAAAGAAUGCUACGCUUGCACUCAGGUUGGAGUUCCGGUUUUCCACUCCACCCGCUGCGACCCGACCCACCAACCUCAACUCCGGUGGGAGCGCACCGCCGGGUCUUCCAUGACCCCGACGGACCUCAAAUGCCGCCCUCAGGACCUCACCCGGCCUCGCGCCAUUGACCCACGUAGCAGCAGCGUCAAAAGGUGGAACCGCAUUGUGCUCAUGGCACGCGGCCUGUCCAUCGCCGUUGAUCCUCUUUUUUUUUACGUCAUGGCGCUGAGCCAGAUUGGGGCUCCCUGCUUUUACAUGGACGUGGCGCUUGCCCUCGUCGUCACCGUCGUUCGUACCUGCUUGGACGCGUUGCACGUGGCCCACAUCUUGCUUCAGUUCAAGUUGGCUUACGUGUCGAGGGAGUCGAUGGUGAUUGGGUGCGGGAAGCUAGUGUGGGACUCACGUGAUAUUUCUCUUCAUUACAUGCGGUCCCUCAGGGGCUUUUGGCUCGAUGCCUUUGUCAUUCUACCGAUUCCUCAGACCGUAAUUUGGUUAAUUGUGCCAAGGUUGCUUAGAGAGGAAAAGACUAGACUGAUAAUGACGACCCUCUUAGUAACCUUCCUGUUUCAAUUCAUCCCCAAGCUCUACCACAGCGUUUACUUGGCCAAAAGACUCAAGAAGGUCACAGGCUACAUCUUUGCAUACGGCAACAUUUGGUGGCGUUUUAAGCUCAACGUCAUUGCCUACUUAACCGCCUCACACGUACUUUUUUCAACUGGAAAGCUCUCUGGUGGCAAUGCAUUCACAAAGAUAACGACAAUGUGCUUGGAUGAAGAUACAACAUUUGGGUAUGGAAUUUAUAAACCCCUACUCGUGGUCUAUGCUGGCAACACACUCGCCGUUCGGAUCCUUUACCCCAUAUAUUGGGGUUUAAUUAACCUCGGCUCCUUUGCCAACAACCUUAUCCCUACAAGUGACUGGCUUGAACUCAUAUUCUCUUGCUGUGUAACGCUUGCGGGCUUGGGUCUCUUCAUUACAUUGCUUGGAAAUAUCCAGAUAUUUCUGCAUUCGGUGAUGGAAAAUAAGACGAAAAUGCAGUUGAAAUAUCAGGACAUGGAAUGUUGGAUGAAGCGAAGACAGUUGCCAUCUCAUUUGAGGAAGAGAGUUCGCCAUUUUCAACGUUGCAGUUGGGCAGCCAUGCAAGGGCUAGAUGAGCUUGAGUUGAUCCAGCAUUUCCCCGAUGGCCUCCGCAGGGACAUCAAGCGUUACCUUUGCCUAGAUCUUGUCAAGCAGGUACCGCUAUUUCAUAAGUUAGAAGAUGUUAUUCUUGACAACAUCUGUGAUCUUGUACGGCCAAUUAUCUACUCCAAGGGUGAAAAGUUGAUUAGAGAAGGAGACCCCGUACAAAGAAUGAUGUUCAUAGUUCGUGGACAUAUAAAACGCAGUCAAGGCCUCAGCAAAGGGUUCCAAGCCACAAGUGUGCUUGAACCUGGCAGUUUCUUCGGUGACGAGCUUCUUUCAUGGUGCCUUCGCCGCCCGUUUAGCGGUCGACUUCCUCCCUCUUCAGCAACAUUCACUUGCAUGGAAUCAAUUGAGGCAUUUGGUUUGGAUGCAAAUUGUCUUCACUACAUCAUCGAUCAUUUUCGUUACAAAUUUUCGAACGAAAGGCUCAAACGUACAGCGAGGUAUUAUUCGUCGAAUUGGAGAACGUGGGGGGCUGUGAUCAUACAACUUGCUUGGCAUCGUCAUAGAAUGAGGACUAGGGGUGUGAUAAUGGUGCAAAGUGGGGACAUUGAGAAUCGGCUUCGGCUAUAUGCUGCUUUCUUUUUGUCGCUAAAGCCACAUGACCAUCUUGACUAG